GGUGCGGCGGCGAUGGAGGCCGUGCCGCGCAUGCCCAUGAUCUGGCUGGACCUGAAGGAGGCCGGGGAGUUCGGCUUCCCCCAGGCCGUCAAGAAGUUUGUCCUGAAGAACUAUGGGGAGAAUCCCGAGAAUUACAACGAAGAGCUGAAGAAGCUGGAGCAGCUCAGGCAGAAUGCCGUGAACGUGCCCAGGGACUUUGAAGGCUGCAGCAUCCUGCGGAAGUACUUUGGGCAGCUUCAUUACCUGCAGAGCCGCAUCCCCAUGGGGGCGGAGCACGAGGCAGCCGUCCCCAUCACCUGGACAGAGAUCUUCUCUGGCAAGGCGGUGACCCAUGAGGACAUCAAAUACGAGCAGGCCUGCAUCCUCUACAAUCUGGGUGCCUUGCACUCCAUGCUGGGGGCCAUGGACAAGCGGGUGUCCGAGGAGGGCAUGAAGGUCUCCUGCACCCAUUUCCAGUGUGCUGCCGGGGCGUUCACCUACCUGCGGGACCACUUCCCCCAUUCCUACAGUGUCGACAUGAGUCACCAGAUCCUCAAUCUCAACAUCAACCUCAUGCUGGGCCAAGCUCAGGAGUGCCUCCUGGAGAAGUCGAUGCUGGACAACCGCAAGAGCUUCCUGGUGGCCAGGAUCAGUGCCCAGGUGGUGGAUUACUACAAGGAAGCUUGCCGGGCCUUGGAGAACUCGGAAACCGCCUCCCUCCUGGGGAAGAUUCAGAAGGACUGGAAGAAGCUGGUGCAGAUGAAGAUCUACUACUUCGCCGCCGUGGCCCACCUGCACAUGGGGAAGCAGGCAGAGGAGCAGCAAAAGUACGGGGAGAGGGUCGUCUAUUUCCAGAGCGCUUUGGACAAGCUCAACGAAGCCAUCAAACUGGCCAAGGGGCAGCCUGAAACGGUGCAGGAGGCUUUGAGGUUCACCAUGGAUGUUAUUGGAGGAAAGUUCAACUCUGCCAAGAAGGACAACGACUUCAUCUACCACGAAGCAGUUCCUGCCUUGGACACCUUGCAGUCGGUGAAAGGUGCUCCUCUGGUGAAGGCCCUUCUCAACCCCACAGACCCGGCUGUGACAGGCCCUGACAUUUUUGCCAAGCUGGUUCCGAUGGCUGCCCACGAAGCAUCUUCGCUCUACAGUGAAGAAAAGGCCAAGCUGCUGCGAGAAGUGAUGGCCAAGAUUGAAGCCAAGAACGAAGUGCUGGAGCAGUUCAUGGACUCCCUCCAGCUGGACCCCGAGACGGUGGACAACUUGGACAUGUACGACCACAUCCCCCCGGUCUUGAUGGAGAAGUGCGCGGCCCUGAGCGUGCGCCCGGAGACGGUGAAGAACCUCGUCCAGUCCAUGCAGGUGCUGUCUGGGGUUUUCACGGACGUGGAAGCCUCUCUGAAAGAGAUCAAGGACCUCCUGGACGGAGACGAGGCCCAGGAGCAGAAGCUGCAGGAGGCCCUGGGGAAGCUGCCCCCCCAGCAAGGCUCUCCUCCCCCCGCCGCCUGCCCCGCCCUGGCAGAAGUGGCCAAGGAGUGGGCCAAGUACAUGGAGGUGCACGAGAAGGCCAGCUUCACCAACGCCGAGCUGCACAAGGCCAUGAACCUUCACAUCAGCAACCUGCGGCUGCUCAGCGGGCCCCUGGAGCAAGUGAGGGCUGCCUUGCCCACCCCCAGCCUUACCGAAGAGGACAAGCAAGUGCUGCAGAACCUGAAGCGGAUCCUGGCCAAAGUGCAGGAGAUGAAGGACCAGCGGGUCUCCCUGGAGCAGCAGCUGCGCGAGAUGAUCCUGAAGGACGACAUCACUACAUCCCUGGUGACGACGGACAGAUCCGAGAUGAAGAAACUCUUCGAAGAGCAGCUGAAGAAGUACGACCAGAUCAAGGUGUACCUGGAGCAGAACCUGGCCGCCCAAGAGAACAUCCUCAAGGCCUUGACGGAGGCCAACGUCAAGUACGCCGCGGUGCGGAAGGCCCUGGCGGAGGUGGAGCACAAGUGGAACACCACCCUGCAGACGUUGGUGGCGUCCUACGAGGCUUACGAGGACCUGAUGAAGAAGUCCCAGGAGGGAAAGGAUUUCUACGCUGACCUGGAGGGCAAAGUAGCCAAACUUCUGGAGAAAGCCCAGGCCGGCUGCAAGGGGGCGGAAGUCACCCGGCAGCAGCUCUUGGAGAGGGAGAUGAAGAAGAGGCCCCCGCCCCGGCCCACCACCCCCAAGCCGCCUCUGCAGCUGAAGGCCCCCGAGCUGGACCCGGCGGAGCCCCUGCCCCUCAGCUCCCUGUCCCUGGCCGACCUGCCCGAGGAGCUGCGGAGCCUCCCUCCCGAAGUGCUGGCAGCUCACCUGGCACAGCUCCCGCCGGACGCCCUGGCCGCCCUCUCUGUCUGCGGGGGGCUGAGAGCCCCGGGCCCCGAGGCCUUCGGGAUGGGCGGCAGGGCAGCAAGCGCCCCUCUGCAGCCCCCGCUGGCAGGCCAGCCCGCAGCCCCCUACCCACCGGGCCAGUACGUGGCCGCAGCUCCUCUGCCCAGACACUAUGCCCCGGCCAGAGGGGCCGGCCUCGUACCUGCGAUCCCGGGCAGCUCCGGGCAGGGGCCUUUCCCGGUGGUGCUGGGGGCCCCUCACAUGCCUGCCCCGCAGCCGGCCAUGCCUCCUCUGAGCUCCGCCCCUUCUUCGGCCUCCGGCUCAGCGGCCUUCCCUCCCGGGGUGCACUUGCCGCCUGCCGCUUACCCUGGGCCCCAGCUGCCUCCCCCCAGGGCCUCCCCGCAGCACCUGCCCAGGCCCCUUUCCGCCCCGGGGCCGGCCUAUUGCGUGGGGCAGCCGGCUACUUCCGGGGGCCACCCUGUCCGCCCGCUGCCCACCGCCCCCCACCCCUUUGGAGCCGGCGGCUUCCCUUCCCACCCCCAAGCCGUGCGGCCGGCCACCACCACCGUGGACAGCAUCCAGGCCCCCAUCUCCAGCUGCGCAGCCCCCCGGGGCACGGCCGGCCCUCUCCCUCCCUGGGUUGGGCCGCAGGGGCCCGGCCUGCCCUUCCCCUACGCCCAGGCCGGAGCCCCUCCCUCCAUGCGGCAGGCCCUGCCUCCUUUCUCAGUCGCUCAGCCCCCUCAGGGCUUCUCCGCUCACGGGCAGCUGCAGCCCUCCCUGGCAGGCCAGCCGCCGCUCCAGCAGCUCCCGCCCCAGUUCCUGCCCCAGGCCCGGCUCCCACAGCAGCAGCCGCCGGCCUUCCCGCCCCCGUUCCCACCCCAGGGCCCAGGCCAGCCCCCCAUCCGGGCCCAGGGCCCCCCUCUCCCUCCUGGCCAGGGGCAGUUCCCAGGCCAGCCGGGACCCCAACACUACCAGCUCCCUGCCCAUGAGAAGCUGGGCCUGCCUCCCCACUCAGGGGCCCUGGCCUUCCCCGGCCCUGUCCCCACCAUGAUGCCCCACCAGCCCUUCCCUCCCAGCUGCUCCGCUCAAGUGGCAUUCGGCUCCGGCCCCUUGCCCCGGCCUCCGGGAACCGCCACCCCCCCGAUCCCUCCCGGGGCUCCCCUGGCGCUGGCCGGGCCUCAGCCCCCACCCGCUCGAGCUGCCCCUCCCCACAUCCCUGCGGCCCCCAGCCCUGCCAUGCCCCAGAUGCCAGGCGGAGUGGUGGUGCCCUCCCCGGCCCCCUCUCCACAGCCCAUCCCGCCUCCCCUCCUCCUGCCUUCCUCCCUCCCGCCACUGCCGCCUUCCUCCUUGGGCCCAGCUGAGCUCCACUUCCACCGCCAGAGCUCCGCCACCGACGACCUCCUCUCCUCCAGCCCCGAGAGCCAGCUGGGCUGUGCCAAGGCCUCCGUCAGCCAGCCCCUGCUGCAGCCCACCAAGGCCGACGCCAAGGACGGCCUGAAGCCCAAGGCCGUCCAGCUGAUCGAGAAGGACCCCUAUGAGAAGCCAGAGCACAUCCGGCGGCUCCUGGUGGAGCUGGAGCGCUUCCGGGAGAGGGUGGCGGGCCUGGAGAAGCCGGCCUCGGCGGGGGGGACCAGCGAGCUGGACGGCCUCUGGAAGGAGCUGCAGGAGACCCAGGAGAAGGACGCCCGGCAGCUCUCCAUCGCCAUCGCCCGCUGCUACUCCAUGAAGAACCGCCACCAGGACAUCAUGCCCUACGACAAGAACCGCAUCGUCCUCCAGUCCGGCAAGGACGACUACAUCAACGCCAGCCGGGUGGAGGACCUCUCCUCCUACUGCCCCGCCAUCAUCGCCACCCAGGCCCCGCUGGUGGGCACCGCCUCCGACUUCUGGCUCAUGAUCUACGAGCAGAAGGUCUCCGUGGUCGUCAUGCUGGUCUCGGAGCCGGAGAUCGAGAAGCAGAAGGUGGUCCGCUAUUUCCCCACGGAGCGGGGCCAGCCCAUGGUGCACGGCCCCAUCACCCUGGUCCUGACGAGCCUCAAGGCCACGCCCACCCACGUGGAGAGGAUGAUCACCCUGCAGUUCCGAGACCAGAGUCUGAAGCGCACCGUCAUCCACCUGCAGUUCUCCUCCUGGCCGGAGCUGGGCCUCCCAGACAGCAAAGGGGACCUCCUCCGCUUCAUCCAGGAGGUGCACAGCCAUUACCUUCACCAGAGGCCUCUCCAUACCCCCAUCGUCGUCCAUUGCAGCUCCGGGGUGGGCCGCACGGGGGCCUUCUGCCUCUUGUACGCAGCCAUGCAGGAAGUGGAGGCCGGGAACAGCAUCCCCGACUUGGUGCAGCUGGUGAAGAGGAUCCGCCGGCAGAGGAAGCACAUGCUGCAGGAGAAGCUCCACCUCAAGUUCUGCUACGAAUCGGUUCUGAAGCACGCCAAGCAGGUCCUGCAGAGACACGGGGUCACCGCACCGUCCGCCGGCAAGCCUGCCAGUAGCCCCUCCCAGAAGCCGUACGUCCACCAAGACCCCCAGGACCUGGUGCUGGGAGGAGACAUGCCCAUCAGCUCCAUCCAGGCCACCAUCGCCAAGCUGAGCAUCCGGCCCUCCUCGGGGGGCUCCGAGCCCUUUGUGGACGGGCAGCUGUCGGAGCCCGGGGGGGAGAAUGCCGCUGCGCUCCACCCGCCACCCGCUGCAGUGCCGCCUCACCCCGCAGCUGCCGAUUGUGGGCGUUCCAGCAGCCUAGAACUGGCCCCUCCGCUCUCGCCGCCUGCCACGCCCGUCCCCCGGCCUGAGGCUCCGGGCCCUUUGGCGGUGGAGAACAGCCACCGGGCGGAGGAGGAGGAAGAGGGGGAAGAGGAGCGGCGGAGCCUGAAGCCGCUUCCGGGGCUGGAGCCCGCGGCCCCUUCGUCGUCCUCGCUGGACCUCCUGGCCUCGCUGACCCCCGAGGCCUUCACCCUGGACAGCUCCCUCAAGGGCCGCCACCGAGUCAGCAAGCAGAGCUUCCGCCAGCCCCAGAACGGCGAGGGCCUGCGGGGGGCCCGACCCAGCGACGACCCCCUCAGCAUGCUGGACCCGCUCUGGACACUCAACAAGACCUGA